CACGAUCACGCAGUGUAGCUCACGCGCCGUCGUCCAACGCCUAUCCAUUGUACAUUCAUUUUCGCACUAUCUAUCAGACUAUCCCAUCAUCACUCUCUCUCUCUCUGCUGCUGUUCCGAGGUAUCUCUCUAGCUCUCCCUGCUCACGGAGUUGGAAGGGUUUAGUUUAGCUCUCGUGUUGCUACUUCCGUCGACGAUUCUGCGGUGCUGAUGGAGAGAAGCCUGCAUUCGUCGGCAGGAAUGGAGGACACGUGGCGGAGACAGCUGUGGCGACAGUCCGAGUUUCCUCCUCCGCCCUCCUCAUUGCUCGAUUCCCGUGCUCAGCUCUCUGAUGCAGAUUGUCGUCUUUAUAUGCAAUUGCUGCAAGAAUCAAUGCCAUUAACUGGUGGAAUGACCCGGGAUCACAUGCCAUCUAACAUGCAUGGUGUCGACAACUUGGGCCAUGCUGAUCUUGGAGCUUCAUUCUUAUCUCUGAUCUCAGGUCCAACGGCUCAUGUGCCCUGUGAUCAGCAGCAUUUAUUGAAUCCAAAUACAUUACUGGUCUCCAAUCCACAUCCACCAAGCGGUGGGACUGCCAAUGGAUUUCCCAGAGGAAGCAGAGUUUCGGUCUUGCCUGGUUUCUCAUGGCCACACAGAUUGGACUUGCCAAAUUUUACUUCGGGAUCGUUUUUUCAACCUUCUACUUCGUCUAAUGCUGAUGCAAACUGUCGAAACAAUUAUGAGAUACUUCAGACUGCAAGCUUGGAUGUUCGAAAAUCACAGACAGUAGCAUGCCAGAACUCUCAUGAGAAAGCAAAGUAA